UUGAUCUGUGUCCCCGUCGUCUACCAUCACUACUUUCCUUCCCUGCGUGUGUGACGUAACUCUAUAAAAGAGUGCGCGGUGAAGACGCCGCCGCUAUAUCGUUUCCGCUCGCCACGCUCGGCCAUAGCGUCCCAAACACCGGCAUAGAAGGACGCGGGCGGAACCUCUUCCGCUAGAGCCCACACGGACUCAACAGUGACAGUUCAACAAAAGAUACGAGAUGAGGUCGUUGUUCUUGUUAGCGGCUUUGUGCUGCCUAGUGUUGUCGGUAUGCGGUAGCCCUAUCGCCCGGCCGGAGGAAGACAAGGAAGUGGGUAGGCAAGCUGCGGCUGCAGCGCCUGCAGCCCCCGCGGCCGCUGCCGACGACGAUGACGAUGAUGACGACGACGACGACGAUGAUGAAGAUGUUGACAUCGAUGACGCAUUAACAGGUGACGACGAUGACGACGAUGAUGAUGAUGACGACGACGAUGAUGAUGAAGAGGCCGAUGACGACGAUGAUGAUGACUACCUCGAGAGGUUCUUCGAUGACAUCUUAGGAGGAGAAGAAGACGAUGAUGAUGACGAGCCCGCGGCAGUCCAGCCCGUGGUAGCGCCCGCCGACACUGUUGCGGCCGCGCCUGCUGCACCUGCCGCUGCUGCAUCCGCUGAGGAUGUUGCCGCCGUCGCUGAAGAGGCUGCUGAGGGAGAAGUAGAGGCUGUUGAAGGAGAAGAGGGAGCAAUUGCACAAAAAGAGCCCGCCAGCGCUGAGGUCGAAGCCCCUGCUGAAGCCGCCGCGGAAGUUGCCGAGGCUGAGGCUGAGAACGAGGAGGAUGAUGAUGACGAUGACGAUAUUGGCAUUGAUGCCGUCGGAGAUGACGACGACGACGAUGACGAUGAUGACGAGGCCGAGGAUGACGACGAUGACGAUGACGACGACGACAUCACCGACGCGCUCGGCAGGAACAUCUCCGCUAAGAACGCACGCGCUCUCAGUGAUGAGACCACAAAGAAGCCGACGACUGUCCCCGCUAUCUACAUCGUCAAGUACAACCGAUUCGUUGACAACAUCUUGGAGAAAAUGAACGACAUUUUGAGGACAUCGUACGACCCCGUCAGUGUGAAGCUGCAGCCAAUCGACGCCAACAAGAAGACUUCCAAGCCAAAGAAGGGUAACAAGACCAAACCAAAAAGGAAAAACUCAAACAAGAAGAAGAAUACAGCGCGCGGCAGUGAAGCAAAUAAGAACAAAGAGAAAGCUGUAUCUGAGAUCCCAGAGACAAUAAAGGAAGAGAUUACUCAAGUUAACGAUGUGAAGCCUAAUGAAGUUGUUGGAGAGCAGACUCCUGUUGCUGAGGAGCCUAGAGCAAUUAAGGAGAAGGCUUCAGAGAAAGCUAAGCCAACAGUGACUAGGAAGCCCGCUGUAAAGCCACCAGUUAAGGCCCCUACUAAAGCGACGAAACCAAAACCGAAGCCAACGAAGACUACAACCAAGAAACCAGCAACCAACAAGACCAAGAAUAAGACUAAGACUUCAGAGAAGAGCAAGCCGAGGGCAAAGGGAACGUUAUACGGCCUGUCGUCUUUGAGGAGGACUGGAGAUGUAUCAGUCAGCAUCAUGGCCGACCACACUACUGUCAAGAGCAACUUUGCUGUUGGACCGCUGAUACUCAGAGUUGAGAAAGAGGUUGGCCGUGGAGCUAAGAAAGACAUCAGAUCAGCGACAGCAACUACAGCUGAGAUGCUGGGUAAACUGACACUGAGAGUAAAUAACCAAGGAGUCGCUACUCUACAUACCAUUAAGGUUCUGCAGCCUAAACAGGUACGAGUGGACAGCAACAACGAACGCACUAGGGAACUUGUAUGGCAACGCAGCGCAAGAAUAGCACACGUCGUCUCAGAGAAACUGCUCUCAGCAUCCAAGCCAAUGUUCCACCAACAAACCGUCGUCAAACAAUGAAUUUUAGACUUUAUUACAAUGAAGUUAUAGAGCACAAUUUAGCUUUAUAGCAAGGGUUACGGUGGUGGGCAGUUGAAAUAAAAUAUUGCAUUUAAGUAGCCGACUCGUCAGACGCGUAGAUUAAAGAAAGGAUUUAUGCAAUAGAUAUUUGUUUAGAUGAGAUAAAACGGUACCAAUGUCUCAGUACAUCACAAAUACGCCUUUGAAUUGUCGGUUCGUUUAAUUGACUGAAUGAUAGUUAUAUACUUAAUUUAUUUUUCAAAGUUUAUUAUGUUUAGAGUAUAUUCUCAGUCGCGAGGCUUAUGAUACUCAUUAUUUUUAGUACAUAGUCAGACAAUGCAUUUACUAUGUUGUAACGUUAUGGUGCUAAGAUCUUAAAGAUAAUUUUAUACGCUGUACAUUAUUUUAUACUUAAUAAAUACUUUUUACAUA